AUGAAGUUUGGCUAUGCCUCUGGCACACUUGUUAAACGUUUUCAUUUUAACGAUAGUAGUAGCGUCGAUACAUUUUCACUAUCAUUUUGGUUCUUUGGACGAGGUGGGCUGCGUAUGUAUUUUACUUUUGAGGAUAACAAACAAGAGGAAGCUUUACGUUUAUGGUUAAGGCUUCGUGAUCAAUCUCUUUUACAGUUCUAUUGUACUGGUAUGAAAUCUACGAGAACGUUACACAAGCAAUUUGUAAAUGGGGAAUGGCAUCAUGUAGGAAUUGUCUACUCGAUGAAUAUGUCAGCAUUAAAGUUUUAUCUAAAUGGUAACCAAAAGUUCAGCGACGAAUUGAUUAGUCGAGGUAUAAAAGCGUUUCCUUCACUGUCGUUAGAGAUAGAAUCGACGUCUCCUAGUUAUGCGGCACCACUGGCUGACGUAGCAGUGUGGUCAAAGGAACUGACAUCGUUUGAAAUUGGUACGAUUUACAGUGAAAAGACGUCGAUUAACAGAGUUCAUUUUGAUGAAGUAAUUUUUCAAAGAUUUGAAUCAAGGAUUAGUGAAUAA